AUGAAAUACCAUGCUCUAAGUUAUCCUGCCAUUGUUACCACAGCAUGGCUAGUAGUAGUAUGCUGCUUGUUACCGGCGGCGACUGCGUUUCGUCCGGUGGCAACAUUUUCGAGUUCCUUUGUCUGCUGCCGCCAAAGGCCCAUUUUGCGCAUCCAGCCGCCGCGACACCGUCGUAGCAGUACUAACAACCAGCUGAUGAUGCGAGAUGUUUCGGCCAGCUACUGGUUUCAAGUGGGUGACACGGUCCGAGUCGUUGCCGAUGACGUCAAAAAAGCCGGGGUCAAUCUGCACAAUCGAAUGGGCACGGUAGUGGAAACAUGGGAAAAAUGCGACGUGGACCCGACCUGCUGUUGUGCCGAACAAGUCGAUAUCAACAUGGCGGUACGAGUCGAGUUUCCAGGAACUGAGGCAGAUCCAAGUGCUGGCACCGAUGACUCUUUCUUUUUCUAUUUUGCCGAGGAAGAACUGAUCAAGGUGACCGAAACUGUAGCAACAACACCAACAAAAGAGGACGACACAAUCGCAAUGGCAGCAACCAAACCGCCAUCGCAUUCCUCACUUGGUCUGGGUCGCACUGUGACACACAAGUUCAGAAUAGGUCGUCUUCAAGCUACGCCACAACAACCAACCCAUUGGCUGGGCAACUGGGAACCUGUCUCCAGACCAGAAGAUGAUGCUGCUACAAAGAAUGGUAUGCAAUCUGGUUCGGAUCCCAACAAUCAACUUCCAUUUGAUGGAAUGAGCUGCACAGCCUUCAAAUUGGAUCACUUACAAUCUACAGGUAGCCAACAACCGAGAGGGCUUGCAAGCUGGGAACCAACUGCCCAGAAGCAGCAGCAGGAGAAUGAUGCUACUGUUUCCAGCUCAGCACCAUUUGAUGGAAUGAGCUGCACAGCCUUCAAAUUGGAUCACUUACAAGCUGCAGGUAGCCAACAACCAAGAGGGCUUGCAAAAUUUGUACCAGUCUCCAAGCUACCAGAGGAUGUUGCUUCGGGUGUGGGUGACAGCAUUCAAUCCGCUUCUACUAGUAGUACGAACAAUCAAGUUCCUUUUGAUGGAAUGAGCUGCACAGCCUUCAAACUGGAUCAUCUGCAAUCUGCAAGUAGUCAACAACCAAGAGGACUUGCAAAGUGGGAGCCUGUCUCAGAUCCACAAAAUAGUCACUGA